UUUUAGCAGACUUUAGCGAUCCUUCUACUUGGGCUGUCUUCAAGUUUAAGUGGAACUCUGUCCCAGUCUGCUCCACCACCGGGAGAUUCUCCGCUGUCCACGAUGUCUUCACUGUGGAUGCCAUGUUUGUGUCUUAUCUAUCGUAGGUCCUGCAGGGAAAUGGUGUGACUAUGUCUCUCAUCAUACCGUCCCUCAUUGGACUUGAUAAAACCUUGGAGAAUUGUGUCACCAACUACACCCACUUCUGCAAGGCCCUGCGCACAGGCCUCUACACACACUUCCAGCCAGUGAUUCACCAGAAGGACAUGAUACUAGCUGCUGUGCUGGAUCCUAGGAUCAAACUGCAGCCGUUUUCUGAUGACAACCAGGAUGAACAGAAUGAUUUCCUAACACCUCCGUCAAAAUCUGAGGCUCGCAGCAUUGUUGAGUCCACAUUAGAAAACAUGGAAGCCUCAACAUUUCCUACUGUUGAGGCAGAGAAAGAUCAGACAGGCAGUGGGCUGGAGCACGAUGUGAAAGAAGAAAGCCAGACAGAUGGCGUGAUGGACACUUGUGCUGGCAGCUCAGACAACAACUGUCCUGAAAUCAGUGAAAACGACCUCAAGAGGAAGUCCAUCUUCAACUUCCUUCAGCCGCCUGCAAAGACUCUAAAGAUGUCAGAGUUCGACGUGUACCUGUCUGAACCGCUGUGGGAAAGCAACUCUACUCUUCAGUACUGGAAAUGUGCUUCUCGAUUCCCGAAGCUCCAAGGCCUCGCCAAGAAGCUGCUGGCGGUGCCCGCCACAUCUGGAGGUUUUGACCGUUUCAGUCCGAUGGCUGCGUGCAUUGUGAAAGCAAAAAGGAACCGCUUGCCACCUCACACCACAGAGAGACUGCUACUAUACAAAAACUCUGUAAAAGUGAAGACUGUUAAAAAGCCCAGUCGGGCUGCUAAACACUGAUGGAUAACAGCUGAGUGUGGCAGAGGUUUCACAGCAUUAAACAGAAACUCUGCCUCUACUUUUAAAAACUGUGCCAUACGCUAAGAAGGAGGGUGAACUGCUAAUACCUCUUAUAUUGUAGCAAAUGAAUCAGCUGACUCUUUCUUCUUAGAACGCA